AUGGCGGUCACGGCCUUUGACCUGGAGGAAGAGAAAGAAGAGGGUCAUUUUGAUGCCAAUGGGAACUUUGUAUGGGACGACGAGGCCCGGAAACAGGAAGAGGCUUGGCUUGAAGAUGUGUCGGAGCAGCAAAUGGGUGCUGCCAAGCACGCCAAAAGCCGCCGCGAGUUUCGCGACGAGCAGACGGAGGAGACGCUAACGAUUGAGGCGGCUGAACAGAAGCUCGCGACGUUGUUAAAGCCCCGGGAGACGGUGUUACAGGCGCUUAAGCCGUCUUGGUACCAAGAAGAAGAAGAAGGCGCGUGCCCGUGGGAGGUGGACGUAUACAGUCAGAUCAAGGAGGAGUUUGUAUCGGAUGAGGAGUUACUGGCACAACGAAGACAGGUGCAGUUUGUUGAUACUGACACGAGUGAAGAGAAGAGCGAGCCUCGUCUUGUGUCAAAGCAAGAGGUCAUGUGGGAGUACAAAGCUAAUGACGGACAAAUCCACGGACCUUUUCCUACCUCAAACUUUGUGGCUUGGCAGCAGCAGGGAUACUUCACGGGAGAGACAGCUGUCGACAUGCGGCAGGUACUAUGCGGUAGUGACGCUGUUGUCGCAGUAGAGCCAGCACAGAAGAAGCUGAAGCAGCAAGAGGAUGAAAAGGUUUCAGCUGAGCAAGAAAUGCUCGACGAUUUUGAGGACAGCGACAACGAUGACAACGCUGAGUCUGCUGCUGAUGGUGACAAGGCAGAAACGAACAAGAUGCCAUGGAUGCGGUCAGAUGAGAUUGACUUUGGCUCCUUUUAA